GUGCGUGAGGGAGGCGUGGCCCACGUGGCCGCUGGACCGGCUGGGCCAGCGCCCACCUGGCUCUCUAGUAGGUGUUCUCCAGCCUGCUCCCGGACUGGAGUACCCCCGCGAGUCCCUGCCGGCCACGCCAUUUCCUGCCCCCAGCCUCAGCCUUCUCCUGAUCUGACCAGUCCUCGACUUCCAUCUCCCACCCUUAGCGGGUAUCAGUUCCUCGCCCCGCUGAGCUCCGCUCCCCUCCCCGCCAAGGGUCCCUGUCGCUGAGCCCCGGCCCCAUGGCGCUGCAGGCGUUGCAAAGCUCCGGGGUGACCUUCCGCAAGAUCCUGUCUCACUUCCCCGAAGAGCUGAGCCUGGCUUUCGCCUACGGUUCUGGAGUGUACCGCCAGGCGGGGCCCAGCUCAGACCAGAAGAAGGCCAUGCUGGACUUUGUGUUCACAGUCGAUGACCCUGUAGAAUGGCAUUCCAAGAACCUGAAGAAAAACUGGAACCAUUACUCUUUCCUAAAAAUUUUUGGGCCCAGGAUUAUCAGCACUGUCCAGAAUAACUACGGCGCUGGAGUUUACUAUAAUCCGUUGAUCAUGUGUGAUGGUAGGCUUAUCAAGUAUGGGGUUAUUAGCACUAAUAUUUUGAUUGAAGACCUCCUCAACUGGAAUAACUUAUACAUUGCUGGAAGACUCCAGAAACCGGUGAAAAUCGUAGCAAUGAAUGAGAAUGUGGCUCUUAGGUCAGCCCUUGAUAAAAAUCUGAAAAGUGCUGUGACUGCUGCUUUCCUCAUGCUCCCCGAAAGCUUUUCUGAAGAAGACCUGUUUUUGGAGAUUGCUGGUCUCUCCUACUCAGGUGACUUUCGCAUGGUGGUUGGAGAGGAUAGGAUGAAAGUGUUGAAUAUUGUGAAGCCCAACAUAGCCCACUUUCGUGAACUCUAUGGCAGCAUUCUACAGGAGAACCCCCAAGUGGUGUAUAAAAUCCAACAAGGCAGCCUGGAGAUAGAUAAAAGCCCAGAGGGACAAUUCACUCAGCUAUUGACAUUGCCUAAAACCUUACAGCAGCAAAUAAAUCAUAUUAUGGACCUUCCUGGAAAGAACAGAGAUGUGGAAGAAACCUUAUUACAAGUUGCUCAUGAUCCCGACUGUGGAGACGUGGUGCGACUAGCGCUCUCAGCAAUCGUGAGACCUUCCAGCAUGAGACAGAGCACGAAAGGCAUUUUCACUGCUGGCCUGAAGAAGUCAGUGAUUUAUAGUUCACUAAAACUACAUAAAAUGUGGAAAGGAUGGCUGAGAAAAACAAUCUGAUUUUGCUCACUUUUAUCUGUCUUAUGUGUAGAUUAAUAAAAUGAUCCUUUUUGACAGAA